AUGCAUAGACUAGUAGUCAGCUUCUAUAGUGUCACUGAAGAUACAGGGAUUGAUUCACAGGAGAGAACGAUCGACACAUUUCCAGUGUUUGCUAGCAAUUAUUUCAAGAUAGGGCAGCUAACAGAGCUACGAUGGCAAACGACCGGUCAAAAAACUCAAGAGGGCAACAACAUCGCAAUACACGUCAUUCCACCCGAUGGCGAAGAAGACGACGAGUUCGUGCCGCCGCUGCGCGCGCGCACCCGGAGGAAGAUGAGCACCCCGCUGAGCGCGCUGCCCGGCGCUGCCGACCGGCUGAUCGGCAUGCCUAAUGCUCAGCGCAGUACGCCAUCUCGGUCUCUGUCGCCGCUGGACCGCACGAAGCGGCGCUUCAGCACCAUGGUGUCGUCGGCGGCGGCCGCGGCCGUGUCGCGCCGACUGUCCGCGACCAUCGGAUGGUGUCUCGCGACGCCCACGCAAGUCAAGCCCCAAAUUGUGCGGCAGGGUCGCGCGCUGUGUCUACAGUAUAUUAAGACGCAGAUUAGGAGGUCGUCCAUGUGUGCUAAUAAGCAAAUCGUAGUGAAGCGCCUGCAACGAAUGCUCGAGACUGAAUGUGGAGAAGAGGCGAAUUGUAACGCGGAGGGCGGCGUGCUCGCGGGCCUGCGGGCGCUGUGCGCCGCUCUCGAGCGCAAGAGACCAGACGCCUUCCGACAUGUGGCGCGGCAGGCCACGCGAGCUCCAUGUGCCAUGCUGCGCUCUGAUACCGCUUUAGCGGAGUUGGCUUUGGCCCUUGCACGCAGGAUCACGAGAGAUAACAUUACAUGGUCGAAGAUAGCAGCAGUAUUUUGUAUUUGCGGGGCACUUUCGCGAGAGGCAGCUGAGGCAGCAGAUGGUGAACCAGCUCUAGAAUUAGUCGCAGCGCCGGCCGCGGCGGUCGCAGACCUUCUACACGAGGAGACAGGAUCCUGGAUAGCAGCUAACGGUGGAUGGAACGGCCUGGUGGAGCGACUGCGAACCAGCGAGCGCGACCAGCGGUCCGAGAAGACACUGCGAGUCAUGGUCUCCUUCUUCGCCAUGGCCUUCGUAAUCCUCCUCUUGCUGAGAUGGGUGCUACAUGGCCACCCCGCCUACUACGAGUAAUAACCA